UCUUUCAGUCUGCGUCACAGGGGGCGGAGCUCCGGAGAUUGCCGAGUGCUGUGGGAAACGCAAUCUGAUGGGUCCCAGAGUCUGAUAGCACAGCGGCCAGUACCCAGGGAUGGCAGAUGGGAACGAGGAGCCCCAGGCGGAGUCCGAGGAGGAGGAGGAGGAGGAGGAUUCCCCGGGAGGAGCGGCCAGUGACCGUGUCCCGGCGGAGCGCAGCGGCCAUGUAGCUGUCACUGACGGGAGGAGGAUGUUUGUCUGGGGGGGAUACAAGAAUGCUCCAGCCACAGAAUUCUAUGACUUUUACCUGCCGAGAGAUGAAAUUUGGGUAUAUGCCAUGGACAAUGGGAUUUGGCAGAAGGUUAAAACCGGCGGUAAUGUCCCCCCGUCUAUGUCCGGAAGCUGUGCCGUGUGUGUAGAUAAGGUCUUGUAUUUGUUUGGUGGGCAUCAUGCCCAUGGUAACACUAACCAGUUCUACAUGUUGAAUCUGAGUCCCAGAGAUGGAGAUCUCUUGUGGGAAAAAGUUGAAUGCAAAGGAACUCCCCCAUCCCCAAAGGACAAGCUUGGCGUCUGGGUUUACAAAAACAAGCUGUUCUAUUUUGGUGGAUAUGGAUAUUAUCAGGAGGACUCAGUUGGGACAUUCGAAUUUGAUGAAACCUCCUUUGCCAAUGCCAGCCUCCCCAGAGGGUGGAACAACCAUGUACACAUACUCAGCCUUGAGAACUUCACCUGGAGCCGAGCUAUAACCACCGGUAAAAGCCCCUCUCCUCGAGCUGCACAUGCUUGCGCCACCAUUGGAAACAGAGGUUAUGUGUUUGGUGGCAGGUACAGGGACUCCCGAAUUAAUGACCUGUAUUAUCUGAAUUUUGAUACGUGGGAAUGGCACGAAGUGAUAGCGCAAGGUGCGAAUCCAGUGGGGCGGUCCUGGCAUUCUUUAACACAGGCUUCAUCACACAGCCUCUUCCUGUUUGGGGGGUUCACCACCGAGAAACAACCACUGAGUGAUGCGUGGAUUUACAACCUCUCUACAAAUGAGUGGCUCCCAUUCAAGAACAAUCACUCUGAGAAACCAAGGUUGUGGCAUACAGCCUGUGCCAGUAAAGAAGGUGAAAUCUUUGUCUUUGGAGGGUGUGCCAACAAUCUUCUCGCUCAUGAAAAAGCGGCUCACAGCAAUGAAGUUUUAAUAUUUCCGAUUCAACCCAAAUCCCUAGUCAGGCUCUGUCUGGAGGCAGUCAUAUCAUUCAGGGAUAUGUUGGCCAACUCUCUUGAUCAUCUUCCAAAACACCUCCUUCUUAACAUCCAUCAGAGGUUUGCACACAGUAACAAAACCUCAGGCUCUUGAUGUUCCUGACCUGAAUAGAUUGUGUAUUUAGGGUUUGUUUGUGUUAGUGUAAAUAUUGCUUGUAGUUGACAAACUGAGACCUUAUUUUAGGGUAAAUAAUAUGUACAAUAAAUGUGUUCUAAGACAUAA